CCCAGGACCUUACCAGCACAAUGCUCAGUGUGUGUGGACAAUCACGGUGGCAUCUGGAAGUUCUAUCUCCCUCACCUUUUCAGACCUGGACUUGGAGGGGCACAGGGCCUGUAACUACGACUAUGUCGAGGUCAGAGAUGGGCCAGAUGAAUUUGCAAACACUCUGGGUAGAUUCUGUGAUGAGGUCCCAGCUACCUUAACAUCUACAGGCAACCAAAUGUGGAUCAAGUUCCAGUCUGACAUGUCUAUACGAGGAACUGGCUUUAGAGCCACCUACACUACAGCCUGUGGAGGCACAUUCACCACCCCCACAGGAUCUCUCCAGUCUCCAUUCUACCCCAACUCCUACCCAAGGAACAAGGUGUGUACCUACCUGAUCAGUCAGCCUGAUGGAUUCAGUAUCACGCUCAGCUUUAGUGCUUUUGAUGUGGAGGGGUCCUCAAACUCCAGAUGUGCGUUUGACUACUUGGAGGUCCGGGAUGGCGGCAGUGCUGAUGCGGAUUCUCUGGGCCGUUUUUGUGGACCACAAGUUCCGGCGGACAUUAGUUCCUCUGGGAAUCAGAUGUACCUGACAUUUGUCACAGAUGGUUCUGUACAAAACACGGGCUUCAGUGCCACUUAUACCACAUCUGAAGUGAUUGGAGGUUGUGGAGGGACAUUCACAGACUUGACUGGGAUGUUUGAGAGCCCUGGCCACCCUAACAACUACCCUCAUGGUGCCAAUUGCACCUGGUUCAUCAGCGUACCUGCAGGUCUCAUUAUCAGACUUACAUUCAACACUUUCAGCAUGGAACGACAUUCACGCUGCCGAUUUGACUAUGUUGAGGUCUUUGACAACUCUACAGCAACAGACCUUGGAAAUUCAUUUGGAACGUUCUGUGGCUCUUCCAUCCCACCUGUGAUCACCUCUUCUGGUAACACAUUGGCAGUACAAAUGAUUUCAGACUCCAGUCUGGCCUUUGAAGGAUUCUCAGCUUCUUAUGUAGCCUUGAAUGCCACCUCUGUGUGUGGAGCUGAGCUGAGAGACAACGUGGGAGUUAUCACCAGCCCUGGUUACCCCAGCAACUACCCUCAUAACCGGGAGUGCGUGUGGACAAUCGUGGUGGACGCCGGCAAACAGAUCCUCCUUAAUGUGACGAUGUUCAACAUGGAGAGACACCCCAACUGUAACUACGACUAUCUGGAGAUCAGGAAUGGAGGUUUCAGUACAUCACCACUUGUGGGCAAAUACUGUGGUAGCGCCAUCUCACCUCUCAUUCGCUCUCAUAGUAACCGAUUGUACCUGAAGUUUCGAUCAGAUAAUUCCCUGUCAGCUGCGGGAUUUAGAAUUAUUUACGAUGGAACAUCAUCAGGUUGUGGUGCUGACCUGACCACCCCUACAGGCAGCUUUGUCUCUCCCAACUACCCUGUGUCCUACUCACACAAUGGGGAAUGUUUUUGGACCAUCACCACUUCAAGGGGGAGCAAGCUUCAGCUAGUGUUUGUAGACAUGGACCUAGAGACGCAUUCUAACUGUAAUUAUGACUAUGUUCAGGUAAAAGACAAGGACACGAAUGGUAGAGAGUUAGCUAAAGUGUGUGGACAAACUCUGCCUGACCCCAUCUUCUCCGUCAGUAACAAACUGUGGGUGAAAUUCAGAUCUGACGUAUCCGUGGGAGGGAGAGGAUUCCAUGCUGCAUAUUACAGCAUUUGUGACACGACCCUGACUGACCACACAGGAGUAAUCGAGAGCCCUAACUUUCCUAAUGCGUACCCUCACUCUCGCAACUGCACCUGGGUUGUGCGAGCCUCACUGGGAAACACCAUCAAUGCUUCUUUCUCACACUUUGACAUUGAGAGCCAUUCAUCAUGUAGAUACGACUACUUACAGAUAAGAGACGGCCCUGACGAGACAUCAGAUCCAAUCAUGAGACAAUGUGGCACAGAUAUCCCCAACAGCAUAGCCACCACCCAGGAGUACAUGUGGGUGCGCUUCGUCUCAGAUGCCUCUGUGGCAGGGAAUGGCUUCAGACUGGAAUACACCAUGGAUGGUUGUGGUGGAUACUUCACAUCUCCCACAGGGACAUUUACAAGUCCUAACUACCCCAAUCCUUACCCCCACCGACGUGUCUGUGAAUGGAAGAUCACCGUGGCAACCGGGUCAGCGGUGAAACUCACUGUCAGCAACUUUGAUGUGGAGGCACACACAGACUGUCGUUAUGACUCCCUUGUGGUGUAUGGUGGAAUGGACGACUCAGCACCAGUAUUGACCACUCUGUGUAACACAAUAUCUGCCCCUCAGAUCCUAACGUCCACUGGCAACACAAUGUUUGUGCGCUUCACCAGCGAUAUCUCUGUAAAUGGCCAAGGCUUCUUGGCCAACUAUGAAAGUGUCACUGGAGGCUGUGGUGGUAACUUCACUGCACAAAAUGGCCUAAUUACUUCUAAGAAUUACCCUAAUAAUUACCCUCACGGGACGGACUGUGAGUGGCUGAUCACUCUGAUGGAAGGACAGAUGAUUGUUCUGACCUUCCAGGACUUUGAGGUGGAAGGAUCCAGUGGUUGUCGCUAUGACUACGUUGCUGUGUAUGAUGGUGCCACUCAAAACGACACAGAAUUGAUACGUCACUGUGGAAACGCUUUGCCAGACAACCCAGUGGUCCGCUCCUCAGGCAACCAGAUGUUCAUUCGCAUGAGGUCAGAUAAUUCCAUCGCAGGGAAAGGAUUUAAGGCCCAGUAUGUCAAAGGCUGUGGUGGGACGUACAAUGCUGACAUUGACGGGGCCAUUAUGUCUCCUAACUAUCCAGAUCCGUAUGACCUGGGGAGCAACUGUACCUGGUUACUCCAGGCACAGACAAGUGGUGAGAGAGUUACACUGACCUUCACCCACAUGGACAUAGAGUCUCGCGAGGGAACAUGUAACAACGACUACGUCCAGGUCCUGGAUGGUAACUCCGCCUCUUCUCCUGAGAUUAACACCUUCUGCGGCACGACCAUCCCAUCCACCAUUACAUCCCAGGGUUCAUCACUCUAUGUCAUCUUCAAUGCUGAUUUGUCAGGUCAAAGGUCAGGCUUCAGAGCCACCUAUACCACAUCCACUUCCAGCUGUGGUGGAGACUUCACUGCAGAACAUGGAGCGUUUAACAGCCCAAAUUACCCGCAAAGUUACCCGACCAGUACAGAGUGUGUUUGGACCAUCACAACUUCUCCUGGCAACAGAGUCUUCAUAUCCUUCAGUGUAUUUGACCUCGAAAAUCAUGUGCAGUGUAACUACGACUACCUAGAGGUGAGAGAAACUAGUGCGUCAGGCAGUCUGAUUGGUCGAUACUGCGGAUCGGAGAUUCCUUCCAACAUCACUGCUGUUAAUUCCUUGUGGCUGAAGUUCCGCUCUGAUGCCUCAGCAACUGGCAUUGGUUUUAUGGCUCAGUAUAACACAGUUUAUGGAGGUGACAUAACUGGAACAUCAGGGCAGAUUGCCUCCCCUCUCUACCCCAAUCAGUAUCCUCAUAACACUGACUACACCUGGACGAUCACAGUGGCUGUAGGUGCUCGCAUAAGGAUCACCUUUGUGGCUCUGGAUAUGGAAGGAAGCAUUAACUGUGUGUACGAUUACGUCAGAUUCUUGGAUGGAGGAGAUGCCACCAGCCCUACCCUGGGUACUUACUGCUCCACUGUCUUACCCAACUCCUUUGUCAGCUCUACCAACCAGCUGAGAGUAGAGUUCCAUUCAGACUUCUCUAGCACCGGAUCAGGCUUCCUCUUCAACUGGGCCAUGACCUCAGAUGUACCCAUUUCCUCCACCACCGUUGGGCCCUCGACUACUGCAGUUCCAGGUUGUGGAGGGGAACUUGUGGCCACUCAUGACACCAGCAACUUCACAUCUCCAGGCUAUCCGUCUUCAUAUGGCAACAAUCUUAACUGUCUCUGGCAAAUCACAGCUGAGCCAGGCCACAGAAUCUGGCUCAACAUCACUGAUAUCAACCUGGAGUCUCAUACCUCCUGCAGAUAUGAUGUCAUCACUGUUUUUGAUGCGUUGUACAGCUCUGGGAGCUACCUGGGUAACCGGGUAGGUCGUUUCUGCGGUAGAACUGGCAAUGACGACCCCAUUGUUGUCAUGAGUAACCGAAUGGCAGUGCGCUUCACCACUGACAGGAGUAUCUCCAGGACAGGCUUUGUGGCUAACUUUAAGUCAAUUUGUGGAGGACGAGUAAUUAACACACCCAGUGGAGAGAUCCACUCACCAAACUACCCCAACAACUACAACAACAAUGCUAACUGUACCUGGGUAAUAAGUGUGUCCCCUGGGCGCACCAUACAGGCCACCUUUAACACGGCCUUCAACAUCCAGUCCUCGGGAAGCUGCAACAAUGAUUAUGUUCAGCUGCUGAAUGGCAACAAUGCUGCCUCUCCUCCGUUGAUGAACAACAACAAUGGCCGACUGUGUGGUACAAGUGCACCGAGUGUCCCGGAGACGGCCAGUAACAAUCUGUUUGUGAGUUUCGUGUCAGAUGGGAGUUCCUCUCGCUCUGGCUUCUCAAUCGCCUGGAGUGAGGUGACAGUAACAUGUGGUGGGAGCCUGAGUCUUAGUGCUGCAGUGACCAGUGGGGUUUUCUCCUCCCCAAACUACCCUGCGGUCUACCCCCACAACGUUGACUGUAUCUGGGUCAUCACAGCCCCAGCCUCAGAGAGCAUCCAGAUUGACUUUGAUUCCAACUUCAAUAUUGAAAGUCACAGCAGUUGCCGUUGGGACUACAUCGAGAUUCGUGAUGGUGGCACCGAAAAUGCUCCUUCACUUGGCUCAUUCUGUGGCACAUCUGCUCCUGGAACUGUACGCUCUACAGGGAAUGUGAUGUACGCACGAUUCCGCACGGAUAACAGUGUACCCAGGGCAGGCUUCAGGGCUACAUACAGCCUAGCUACAUGUGGAGGUAGAAUUACUGGAGACAGUGGAGUUGUGAUGAGUCCAAAUUACCCAUCAGCCUACGACAACAACGCUGAAUGUGUCUGGAUGAUCACUGGUCCAGUUGGACACUACCUCACCUUCACCUUUGAAGCCUUUAACCUUCAGUCAUCGUCUAACUGCUCCAGAGCUGAUUAUUUGGAAAUUCGAGACGGCAAUUCCACAAGCCCAUCUCUGUUCAAUAACUGUGGUACCAGAAACCCUGACCCUGUCAGCACAUCAGACAGCUUUGCCUACAUCCACUUUCAUACUGACAAUAGUAUUACUAGAACAGGCUUCAAGAUUAACUUCCAGGCCAGUGUAGAAGUUUGUGGAGGAGAUUUAACAACUCCAUCGGGGACAUUUACAUCCCCCAACUACCCAGGCCAGUAUCCCCAUUCCCGCACCUGCGAGUGGCGAAUCCGAGUUCAGCCAGGUCGUAGAAUCACACUUAACUUUAACAGCUUCCAACUGGAAGGCAGUAGCACCUGCAGAUGGGACCAUGUGGAUAUAUUUAAUGGCGUACUCACUGACUCUCCCCGCAUUAACCGGCUAUGUGGGGAGGGACAGACCUCAGACCCCAUCGAAUCCAGUGGUAACACCAUGAUGGUUCGCUUCAGUACAGAUGGGUCAGUGUCUAAUGGAGGCUUCUCAGCCUCAUACACAUCCACAAGACGUGCCACUUGUGGCAGUGUCAUCACAGCCAGUACCAGCGGCAACAUCAUGUCACCAGGCUUCCAGAACGGAAAUUACUCCAACAACGAGCAGUGUAUUUGGCUUCUACAGAAUAGGAACUAUGUCAACUCUUCCUUCUUCCUCACCUUUGUGGACUUCAGCCUUGAGAGCCACACAAACUGUAUUUAUGACUACCUGGAAAUCAGAGAAGGAACGGAUGAAAAUGGAGCACUUCUGAACCGGUCUUGUGGGAACACCACAGUGCCUGAUCCUGUAUUUUCCCCAAGUCCUAACCUCUGGAUACUUUUUAAAUCUGAUGCCUCCAUUGUUGGACGUGGCUUUAACCUCCAGUACAACUUCAAACCUUGUGGAGGUAUUUUAACUGAUGAGACUGGCGUCAUUACCAGCCCUAACUUUCCAUCUAACUACAAUCAUCGUGAUGCCUGUGUCUGGAAAAUUGUAGCCCCUGAGGGCAACCAGAUUGUGGUGACAUUUACAGCUUUAGACAUAGAACAGCACCCCAACUGUGCUUACGACUACCUAGAGAUUUUGAACGGUGGAUCUGCCUCAUCCCCAUCCAUCAACAAAUACUGCGGGACCACGUUACCUUCACCCGCAGAGCUCACCUCUCAGAGUAACCAGCUCAGAGUGAGGUUCCGUACUGACGCCACGUCUGCAGGCCAGGGAUUUAGACUCACCUACAGAUUCUCCUCAUCAGGUUGUGGCGGACUGUUCCAUGGUAAUGAAGGGGUAAUCUCCAGCCCUAACUUCCCACAGCAAUAUCCUCGGAAUAUAGAGUGUGUCUGGCUCAUCACUGUGGAACCUGGUUAUCAUGUCUCCCUGAACUUUGGUGAAUCGUUUGACUUGGAAGGGCAUAGCUCCUGUAGAUAUGACUAUGUACAGGUUUACGAUGUUCUCCGCAAUGGUACUCAGAUACCCGUGGGACCUAAGUACUGUGGCCGACAGACCCCACCCACACAGCAGUCCUCAACCAAUCAGAUUGCAUUGAAAAUGAGAUCAGAUUUUUCCAACGCAGGAACUGGUUUCACGGCCAACUGGACAACAGGCUGUGGAGCCACCUUUACAGCAGACACAGGCGUUGUCGUGUCACCAGGCUACCCCGCCAGCUAUGGUCAUAACCUUGACUGUAAUUACACUAUUCUGGUGGAUCCUCAAAGGUUCGUCGUGCUGAACUUCGACCAGAACAGCUUUGAUAUUGAAGGUGGAACAAACUGCCCUUACGAUGCUCUCCAGGUAUACAGAGGCAAUGACACACAAGGAGGGUCAUUAGGACGGUAUUGUGGUACAACGGCACCCCAGCCUCUAAGUGCUCGGGGAUCUAUGUUCUUGAGGUUCACCACAGACAGCUCACAAGCCAACGGCGGCUUCAGAGCUGGCUACUAUGUGUCAGAUUGUGGCGGAGAGUUCACCGGAACAUCAGGUUAUAUCUCCUCUCCCACUCACCCAACUGCGUACCACAACAACAUCAACUGUACCUACAACAUCACUGUCUCAGACAACAGAGUUGUCAGCCUCAAGUUUAACACCUUUGAUCUGGAAGCACACUCUAGGUGUAACUUUGAUUACGUGGAAAUCCGAGAUGGCAAUUCCUACGACUCACGCGUGAUUGGCAGAUACUGUGGAAGCACAGCUCCGCCCACAAUCAAAUCCACAGGAAGUUCCAUGCUGAUCACAUUUAUAACUGACAGAAGUAUAACUCGGGAGGGAUUUACAGCCUCUUAUGCUGAGACUCUCGGUGAAAACCAGGGCUGUGGUGGUCUCCUCAACUCUACCUCAGGGUCCUUCAGCUCACCAGACAUUGACGGAGACGGCAGUUACGAUAGCGGGCUGGAGUGUAUCUGGCAGCUUGUCGUGAGCCCAGACAAAGUAAUUCAGCUGACGAUACCAAAUAUGGUAGUUGAGUACGCAAAUGACUGCAUCUAUGACUUCCUAGAGAUCCGUGAUGGAAUGACAAGCCAAGAUCAAGUUGCUGCCAAACUCUGUGGAAACCGCCAAAGUUAUUCAUUCAUGGCAUCCUCCAACGCUCUUUACGUACGAUUCUACACAGACAGGUCUAUCGCAGGUGCUGGAUUCAAUGCUACCUUCACACAGGCAGCAUCUUUGUGUGGAGGAAACCUGGCGGCAACCAGUGAGAGUCAAACCAUCUCGUCCCCAAAUUACCAGAGCAGCCUGUCCUAUCAGCUGCGGUGUCGAUGGGUAAUUGAUGCUCCUCCACGCUCACAAGUACGACUCACUGUCAACAGUAUGGCUAUACUUAGAAACACAGACUGCGCUGACAACUUCAUUGAAUUUAGAGACAGUCCUAUGGGGAGACAAGGAACAAGUGUUAAGUACUGUGGGUCUACAAUUCCACCAGUAUUUGAUUCUCAAGAUCGAACAGUCCUAGUUAACUUCGGCCUUCAAACUCUUUUUCCAAGAAGUUCAUUCCAACUGACCUAUCAAAUAGCAACCUGUAACCAAACUUACUCAGGGAAUAACGGUCGUAUUUUAAGUCCAGGCUGGCCAAAUCAUUACCCACACAACACAGACUGUGCCAUUGGCAUUGUGUCUCCCCCAGGCACAAUGGUGGCUCUGUACUUUACAAGUUUCAGCAUUGAACCCAACAGACAGUGCCGAUUUGACUAUUUACAGGUGUUCAAUGGUUCAGACUACAAUGCUCCAGAGAUUGGCAAAUUUUGUGGAAACACAUUGCCAGAUCCUAUUUUUGCCACUGGAAACAACCUGAUGCUACGCUUUAAGACGGAUUUUUCCAUAAGACACGCUGGAUUUGACAUCUCCUACACCUCCUCGCCUCUAGGUCUUGGCUGUGGUGGCAACUUGACCAGUGUAAAUGGCUCCUUCACAAGCCCUGCUUAUCCCAGUAACUACACAAUGGCACAGACAUGUGACUGGACCAUCAGAGUCCAACGACGACGCCAGAUCAAACUCAACUUCCUGGACAUCGGAAUUUUGGGAGCAGUUGACUGUACUCGUGACUACGUGCAGGUCCGGACGGGGAGCCUGACAGGCCUGCCAUAUGGCACCUACUGUGGAGAUUCUCAGGUAGCGGAGAUACGGACACUCAGCAGCAGGGUUUUUGUGCGGUUUGUUUCGGACGGACAAGGCAGUUCUGUGUACUUCAGACUGAAGUACACCAGCUAGAGCAGCAUUGUGUCGUGUUGACAGCUGGUGCCUCAUGGACUUCAUGCACCUUACAUUCCCAAUGCAAGAGUCAUUUGUAAUAAUACCAGCAAGCCAUAUUAUAUAAAUACUUCCAUUUUGUGUAAGAUUUGUAAAAAAAUAAAAGUGUAAAUGAAAUGUGUAUGUAAAAAUCAUAUCAUGUAUAUAUACACUCAUUUGUAUGUUCUAUAAAUACUGUACUACUAAAAAUGAAGGUCAGUGUAUAAGUCUGUUUUCCCAUGUAUCUGAACAGGUGUAAUAAUCAAAACUUCCCCUGCUGUCUGUUGCCAAUCACUGAUAAAUAUUUAAAGAUGUAUUAUAAUUUUGAGGACUUUUUCUGUAUCAGUUGAUGUACUAUUUUAUUCAUCUGAGCACAAUAAAUUAUUAUUAACUCAGAUGAAUAUGUUUCUGAUGAAGCCUUUUGUUGUUUUUAUUUGUACCUAUAAAAGUCUAUCAGCAUUACAGUA